CAUAUAUCAUCUAGGUAACAGUACUAUGACUAACAGUAAAAUUUUCAAUAUACGGGAAUUAUGAAACUCUUCGUGUAUUUUUUGGUUGGUGUUUCUUUUAAUUUUAUAAAUUUGAAUUUAUUUGGCAACUGCAACCUACAAACAAGCCUAUAUGAUCAAGGGAACGUUUUUAGUCGUGCGAACGUUAAAACAAGAAGUCCUCAUAUACACAAAAUAAAUGAGUUACAAAAUGCAUUAAAUCCUAUUGGCCUAAGCAAAAAUAGUCCUUCAAAACACAAAAUAAACAACGUAAUCAUAAAAAAUGCAAAGUUCAAAAAAAGUCAUACAACUAAACUGAGUGGCAGACAUCCUUUAAAAAGGAAAUCUUUAUCAUCAAAGCAUUCAACGGUAAAAGGACCGUACAGAAAAUCAAUAUUGCAUAAAUUUAGAACUGCACCAUGGCAUUUACGGCAGCUGAAACAAUAUUUACAAAAGAAAGCGAACAAUUUAUUCUAUCCAAAAAGCCUAGAAGAAAACACAAAAUUACCAUAUCGUAGGAAACUUCCUCCAAAACACUUUCGAUAUCCAUCUACGCCUAGCAAAAAACUGAAGCGUAUUAAUCGAUUGUUGGCAGCUUACGGAAUUCCGAACACCCAUCGUAAUCGUGGUAAAAUAUUAAAAUCUUCUAAACAUAAGCGAUCAAGACCAUUAAAAUACAAGUACUCAAAAAAUAGGAGAUCUUACCAACCCCUUAAUACAAGAGGACAAACAUUUUUAAUUCAAGGUCGAGAACCACUUAGACCAGACGAUCCAGACAGCUCAGAGGAGAAUAAACCUCCUACAAAAGAUUUAAUAAUAGACACCUCACAUAUGCCACUUAGUCCAGCACAAAAAUGGCAUAAUAUAUUCCAUACGCCGAAUCCACAUUGGGGAAUACCUCCGCCUCCCCAUAAGCCAAAUAAUCUACAUUUUGAUCACCCACAUGCCCAUUCAUAUAAGGAUAUACAUGUGCCAUAUAGCUAUGGUAUGCCGUAUUUAAAACUUAAAUCUAUCAAUCAACCUCAAUUACCACACAUGUAUUUACCACAUUAUCAACUUUGGUAGGAUUUCAUUCCCAUCUUUUAGAAGAGAGCUCUUGAUGUUUCAUUUUCACGUAGUUUUAUUUCUAAGAAUAGUUUUAUUCCUUAUAAGGUAUUUUCU